CCAUCUAGUGAGCUUGUGAUGUUUCAUUUACUGACAAGGGGAGGUAAAAAAGUAGUGAGAAUUAUGAGAAACCCAGAACUAAGAAAUAAUCAAAUUGAUGAAAUGACUGUUUAUGCUUACAGAGGGGAAACAUUGAAGCGUGCUCUGAAAAGAGAUGGUCGUUUACGGAAUAUCGUAUUCACAAAGAACUGUGCACUCUACAACAAAAACACUAAGGUAACCACUGAAAUGUCCGAUCUCGUUGAUGAUCUUGAUGGUAAAACUUUCAGGAUCAGACUGCUCGAUAAGUCCAGUCCACCAGACAGUCAGUCUGGCAGUUUGGAUGAUGCCUACACGACGCAAAAUGAAUCUCAGAGGUGUGACUCUGAAGGAAAGCGAGAUGCUCUACAGCAGUCUACCGCAGCUGAGUCAGUGAAUGUCAACACACCAAAACAGAAAGCAGGGCUGGAUGGUCGGAAGGCACCAGAAAUAUUGUUUCGUGAAAUAGCUAAUUCAAAAAAGAUGCAGACUUACCUAUCUUCACAGUUUACAGAUUUGGUGAAGGGAAAGAAAAGUCAGCCAGUAUCUAGGCUUUCUCAUGUCCAGAAUCUCUACCGUGUGGAGUACGGAAAGAACGCUGAGACAUGCAGGGAAGUGAAAACAAUGAAGACACUGAUGGAGCUCAGUAACUCUGUUUGUCAUGUGAGAGUAAAUGACAGAGCAAAAGGAAGUGGCUUCCUCCUAUUUGACAAGUUUGUCCUCACAAAUGGCCAUAUAGUUAAAAACAUCUAUAAUGAGAGGACACGGCAGCUUACUGAGAAGGUCACAGUCCAUUUCUCUUUUGAAAGUCUAGGCCAGGAAGAUUCAGGAGCAGCAGUGGAAGAGGUUGCUGGAUUUGAACAUGGCCAUGAUGCGUCAGGGCACCAGCAUGACUGGGCUUUGUUGAGGAUCGGUGCUCAUCAGAACUCGCCCAAAGGUCUGUUAACACACUUCGGAUUCCUUCCCCAAAGUGGCGGAAUUUGCAUUAUUGGGCAUCCUGGUGGUGGUGUGAAAUAUAUAGAUCCAUGCUUCAUAGUUCCAACUGAAAACUUCAACCAGGUUGUCGAGAGGCAUCGCCUUGAAAAUCCAGAGGGCGUUCUGCCGCACAAUCCUCAUUACAGUGAAAACAACGCUCCCAUUCAGUUGAUUACGCCCCGUUACUUUGAGGAUGUGAAAAAUGAUAAAGAGAACAGAUGGGCUCUAAAUUACAAUACUUGUUUUUCUUUUGGCUCAUCUGGCUCUCCUGUCUUUGAUGAUCACUGCAAUGUUGUUGCAAUGCAUUCAGGCGGAUAUCCCUACCGCAAUGCAAGAGGUGAAAGCCAUAGUGUCAUGGAGUAUGGCUAUCCUUUGUCCAGCAUUAUUGAGCACAUCAUUGUCCAAAUGGUGGAAAGAAGAAGGUUUGAUGUGUUGAAGAAAUACCUGGCUUGCGGUUAUAAACAUCAACAUCAGAUGAUGGCCAAUGUGAAGAAACUGGUUGAGAGCAGAAAUCUCUCAUUUAGAAAUGUGGCCGCAAAUGACGAGAGUUUGAAGGCGUUCUUUGAAUUCUUCUCUCAGAGAGAGGAUUCUGUCCCAAUGGACACUUGAGCAGAUACAAAGCUAACUGCUGACUGAAGAUUCAGUGCGAGCAGCUUCAAUGAACUACAAAGGCGGUCAUGUCUGUUUUCAGAUAUCAGCUCUAUGAUCAGGGUACUCUUGUUGUUAAGCACUGAAGUAGUGCAGGGAUGGGGGAAAAGAUCUCAUACAAACUUAUUGUAUUCAAUGUUUUAGGUAACCAUAAUCAGUUUUAGUAUAAAGGGAACUAUGAUUUCUCCAUAAUCAUUUUUUAGUCAGGUGUUUGGAAUAUAUCCAUGAAUAAUAUUUUGAAUUUUGGUGCUGUGCUUGUUCAUAGCGACUGCACUUAUACCUUUUUAUCUUCUGUCUUUGGGCUGUUUGAGAUCUUAUGUUUUAAGAAAUAUUUGACAUUUUUAAUAAAUUGUAUAAUAUUGUAAUAUUCCGUCAUACUGUCAGUGUGUUGAUACCAAUGUCUUGAGAAUGUCUCUUGAACGUGAGAAUUAAAAUUUCUUACCUCGUUAAAUUUUGUCAUAAUGAAAAAACCUGUUUUAACAAGUGAGUGAUGAUUGUUUUUCGAUAUUCAAUAAAGUGAUUACUUUCA